CCGCCGUCCGCGCAACAUGGCGGGCGCAGGCGCAUUUAUUACGUUCCUCAUAUUUAUGCAUACGGUCCUCGUACACACAGAAGUUUUAACACCGAGAUAUUUUAACUUAGCGUCUAAAAAGAAGAUUACGGCCACGGCUACAUGCGGAGAUGAAGGACCAGAAUUGUACUGUAAAUUGGUUGGAGCUAACGCGGACCAUGAUGAGCAUGUGAUUCAAGGACAGGUUUGUGACAUCUGUGAUGCUACGAAUGAAGCCAAGAAGCAUCCCCCGGAGUAUGCGGUGGACAGCUCGGAGACCUGGUGGCAGAGUCCGCCAUUGUCCAGGGGGAUGAAGUACAACGAAGUCAACCUCACCAUCGAUCUUGGACAGGAAUUCCACGUAGCAUACGUGUUCGUGAAGAUGGGUAACUCGCCACGACCUGACCUCUGGAUGCUGGAGAAGUCUACCGAUUACGGAAAGACGUUUAAGCCAUGGCAAUACUUCUCAGAAUCCCCUCAGGAUUGUGAACGUUACUUCGGCAAGGAGAGUCUUCAACCCAUCACUAGAGAUGAUUCAGUCAUCUGUAGUACGGAGUACUCGAAGAUUGUCCCCCUUGAAGGUGGUGAGAUCCCUAUAUCAUUGCUGAACUACCGUCCCUCUGCAAACAGCUACUUCAACUCCUCAGUGCUCCAAGAAUGGACCAGGGCUACUAACGUGCGGCUUCGUUUGCUUAGAACCAAGAACUUGCGUGGACAUCUCAUGUCUGUCGCCCGACAAGAUCCUACUGUUACACGACGGUACUUCUACAGUAUUAAAGACAUCAGCAUUGGUGGUCGUUGUAUGUGCAAUGGUCACGCGGAUACUUGCGAACCAGCGGACCCAGCGACCAACACCAACAUUCUGGAGUGUGUCUGCCAACACAACACUUGUGGACCCCAAUGCGCUGAAUGCUGCCCUGGAUUCGAACAGAAGAAAUGGAGGAUCUCCCAGCACUGGGACCGUUUUGCGUGUGAACCUUGUAACUGCCACAAUCACUCGACCGAAUGUGAGUAUGACCCCGAGGUAGACAAGCAGCGACUUUCUCUUGACAUCUUCGGGAAGUAUGAGGGAGGUGGAGUGUGCAAGAACUGCCAGCACAACACACAAGGCAUUAACUGCAACAAGUGCGUGCCGACAUUCUACCGACCUUAUGGAAAGAGCUGGAAUGAGACUGAUGUAUGCCAGCCAUGUAAUUGCGACCUGCAUUACUCGACCGGAAACUGUGAGGAGGAGACGGGACGGUGUGAAUGCAGGGUGGAGUUCAACCCACCAAACUGCGACUCUUGUGCCUAUGGGUACUUCGACUACCCCAACUGCAAACCUUGCACCUGCAAUCUUAAUGGAACUGAUGGACAACAAUGUACUCCAGUCGAUGGCUUGUGCCCCUGCAAAUACAACUACGCGGGUAAAUCCUGUGAGAUUUGCGCAGAUGGAUACUAUUCGCCGGAAUGUAAAAAUUGUGAGUGCAACUCUGUGGGUUCGGUGUCUCCUGUGUGUGACAAGGACAGCGGCAACUGCACAUGCAAGAGCAAAUACAGCGGUAGAACUUGUAACCAGUGCGAAGCUGGUUACUUCAACUAUCCAACAUGCAAACAUUGCAACUGUGAUGUCAGUGGAACGGAGGCCAGCAUUUGUGAUGACGUCACCGGCGCUUGUAUUUGCAAAACUGGCUUUGGAGGAGCUCGGUGUGACCAGUGUUUGAAUGGAUUCUACAUGGAUGUGCGCGGUCGUGAACGUCUUUGCGUACCCUGCAACUGCGACCCCACUGGGUCGACUUCAACGAGUUGUUCAGCUGAUGGGAAGUGCAACUGUCUCGCCAACUUCGGAGGCAAACAGUGCGACCAAUGUUCACCAGGGUAUUAUAAGUACCCCGAAUGUCUGCCUUGCAAUUGUGACAUAUCCGGCUCCAUCGGAACGACAUGUGACGACAACGGACAAUGCAACUGCAAGCCUAAUUUCGAUGGUACUAAAUGUGACAAGUGCAAAGAACAGUACUACAACUACCCAGCCUGCGAGGAGUGCAACUGCGACCCCAGAGGUGUUAUUGCAAGUUUUGCCGGUUGCGGUUCAGUGCCUGCUGGAGAACUAUGUCAAUGUAAGGACCGUGUACAAGGCCGCAUUUGUAACGACUGUAAGCCUUUAUUCUGGAACUUGCAAGAGUAUAAUCCAUUUGGAUGCGAAGACUGUAACUGCCAUUUAGCUGGUACUCUUGGUGGCCUGGGCACUUGUAACACCCGAUCUGGUCAAUGUACUUGCAAAAUGAAUGUUGGAGAUCGCCAGUGCGGGCAGUGCCAGGACGGAUUCUACAGACUCGACUCCAAUAACGUAUUUGGAUGUACUGAAUGUGACUGCGACAUCGGAGGUUCAAUCGACAACAAUUGUGACAAGACCACGGGACAGUGUCGCUGCCACUCCAGGGUUGAAGGUCGACGGUGUGACCGUCCGAUACGGGCCCAUUACUUCCCAACUCUUCACCAGUUCCAGUACGAAGUAGAAGAAGGUUACACGCAGUCAGGACCGGUCAGAUACAGGAACUCUGAUGAAGUUUUCCCCAAUUACUCAUGGAAAGGAUACGUCGUGUUCUCAAUGCUACAGAAUGAGGUGACAAACAGGGUGAUGAUACCGAAAUCGUCACUGUACCGAAUGGUACUAAAGUACGCAAACCCACUCCAAGAUGUAGUCCUCGCCAGCAUCGUCAUAACACCGGACAGCGUCGUCGAUAUACAACAGAAAUUCAAUGUGGCACUUCGGCCAACAAUUCAACCGCAACUGGUAACAGUGGCUGGUGAGAAAGGCAUUGCUCCAUCACCUUUCGUCAUGAACCCUGGAAACUGGAUGAUCACCAUCAAAACAACGAAGGAAAUCAUGAUUGACUACUUCGUCCUGAUCCCCGAGGCUUACUACGAAGCGACAGUGCUGACGAAACUGGUGGACAAGCCAUGUGUAAUUGGCGACAAGAAGCUGUGCAGACACUUCGCUUACCCCAGCCUGUUUGGAAGACCAACUGCUGACGUCACUGGACUUAGUACAUCAGUCAGUGGAUACAUCGACGAUGUGGAGCAAUUGAACGAGCUACAAGCAUCAGCUGACUCAAUUCCGAUCUUGACCAACGAUGAGAUUCAAUACAACAUGAAGAUCGACCCCCCUGGAGCCUAUAUCCUUAUCAUCGAGUAUGUCACGCCUAUCAACCGAAGUUUGGAAAGCUCAAAUGAGAUCGAAGCCAACAAUGGCAGUUACUCCUUCGUUCCUCGAGGUCCGAUAACCGUGCGGUUCCAGUCUGGCGACCAGCCUGAAACAAAUGCAAUCGUGAACCUCAACAAUUGCCCUUACACGGCAGCGUGUCGCCAAGCUGUUGUUGAUGACCUUUCCAAGAUACAAACCUUUAACAUACAUGAUGCGAACAAUGUUAUUUAUUUGAUGGGUGAUCGGGACACUUUAGUAGGAAUCAAAUCCAUUGUCGCUGUUCCGGAGUCUGAAUGGCAUUUGGAUUACAUCACUCCACGCCCGUACUGCCUCAGACGCAAUGGCAAAUGCGAACCAGCUGACUUCUCUGCCGCUGUCGAUUCUAAAAAGGUUGAAGCGGAAUCUGGUACCGGUGGGGAUAGAGACAUCCGACCUCCAACCCUGGACAAUGCCACUGCUGUAGUAUUCCUAACUCCUGAAGUGGACCCUCUGAAGAUUGAGGGGAAGAUACUUGUGCCUGGAGAUUACAUGUUCAUAGUGCACUAUUACCAACCAGUCCAUCCUGAAAGCACAAUCGACGUGGUUUUGAAGUCUGACGCGCAGCAGUUCGACACAACGUUGCAAGUGCAGCACUGUCCGUCGCGCACCGGUUGCCGGUCGCUCCUUAAGCUAGCUGAUGGCAACAACCGCUUCCCUAUCUCCGAUAACUUCACCAUCACUUUCCUGGGCAACAAGAGCAAAGGACUCUGGAUCGACUAUGUCCUGAUCGUCGCUGCUCCUGACUUCGUGGAUGCCGCGCUGACUGAAGCCAACGUCAUCGACUACACUCGUGAAUUUAUUGAGAAGUGUGCUAACAACCACUACUACGUCCCAUCCAAUGAGACAGGUUUCUGCCGCGACGCAAUGUUCUCUAUCACUGCUGAAUACAACAGUGGAGCCCUGGCUUGCUUCUGUGACUUCAUGGGAUCCACGGAGCUGGAGUGUAAUACCUUCGGAGGACAAUGUCCUUGCAAGCCCAACGUUAUUGGAAGAUCGUGUAGUGCAUGCCGCACUGGAUACUACGGCUUCCCCAAUUGUAAACCUUGCCACUGCCCAUCAACUGCAAUUUGUGAUGAUAACGGUAUGUGCAUUUGUCCGAAGAAUGUAGAAGGUGAAAACUGUGAUCGCUGCAAGCCUUACACUUUCAACUUCGAUGUGCAACGAGGGUGUGACGAUUGUAACUGCAAUCCUCUCGGAGUUAUUGGCAACCAGUUGCAGUGUGAAGCUGACAGUGGUAACUGCCCGUGUCGUGAUAACGUCAUAGGCCGUACUUGUGACCACUGCGUGCCCGGACAUUAUGCGUUCCCGGAAUGUGUGCCAUGCACCUGUGACAGAGAAGGCACAACUGAUGACGUCUGCGACCAAAGCACUGCUCAGUGCUACUGCAAGCGAUAUGUUACUGGACAGGCCUGCGACACUUGUGUGGAGGAGUACUUCAACCUUCAGUCUUCGAACCCUGAUGGAUGUACCAAGUGCUACUGCUUCGGGAAGACCACUAGGUGUACCAGCUCUUAUCUGUCUUGGGCAGGCAUUGACGGCAUGAGCGACUGGUACCUGGUAAAUGUGGAAGCCAAUAGGACGUUGAACAUCUUCCCGCGCGGUAACCCGAUAUCGGUGAACGAAUCGGUGAUUACUGCCGACCUCAUCGGUGACGACAGUGGGCAGAAGGUCGUGUACUUUGGAGCUCCAGAUUAUUAUCUAGGUAAACGUCUGACUUCAUACGGAGGGUACCUCACUUACUCAAUAUUCUACGAGACCGGUCCCAGUGGAGGAGCUAUUGCUGCACCCGAUGUCAUCCUUGGAGGUUCUGAUGGGUACUUAGUUCACAACAGCGUGGAACAGCCACCUUCCAAGGUAUCGUGGAUGCACUCAGUGAGACUGUCAGAAGACGAGUUCAGCAACACUGACGGAACACCAGUCACAAGAGAACAGUUCAUGAACACCAUCGUCAAUGUCACCAGCAUAUACAUCAGAGCCACCUACUGGAACCAGUCCAUUGAAACUAGCUUGAUAGCAGUGACGUUAGACGUUGGAGUUGAUGGGUAUGAUGAGUACUCGAAGCGAGCGUCUUCUGUGGAGGAGUGUCAGUGCCCCAAGGCAUACCGCGGCUUAUCCUGCGAGCAAUGUGCUGAGGGAUACUACCGACUCAGUUCUGGCUUCUGUGUACCCUGCCAGUGCAACGGACAUUCCAGGGAAUGUGACGUCAACACGGGCGUCUGUUUGGAAUGUACCGAUAACACAAUGGGUGAUCACUGUGAGCAAUGUAUUCCUGGUUACCAUGGUGACGCAUCGGGCGGUACUCCACGCGACUGUCUCAUCUGCGCCUGCCCUCUGCCCUACGCAUCGAACAACUUUGCGAUCGGUUGUGACUUGAGAGAGAACGGAUCCUUGAUCUCCUGCCAGUGCAAGCCAGGUUACGGAGGGGCGAGGUGUGAGUUCUGCGCUGCUGGGUACUAUGGUGUGCCAGAACAAAUUGGCGAUUACUGCAAACCGUGCAACUGCUCUGGAAACAUCAAUGUGAACGACCCCAGCUCCUGCGACAGCAUCACUGGCGACUGCCUUAAGUGCGUCAACAAUACAGCCGCUUGUAGUUGUGAUGAAUUCGGUAUGGAGCGUUGUGACCCCACGACGGGUACGUGUGUGUGUCGGCCGGGAGUGAUCGGUGACCGAUGUGACCAGUGCGCGCCGGACCACUGGGGCCUCAACAGUGGGCAGGGCUGCACUCCUUGCGACUGCGGCAUUGCUGCAGUAUCCACUCAGUGCGACCUCAAUACUGGACAGUGCAAUUGCUCCAAGGGCGUGACAGGUAAACAUUGUGACCAAUGCGCGGCUGGAUACUGGAACUACACGAAGGAAGGAUGUGACCACUGCAACUGUAACACUGGUUACUCGCUCGGAUUCACCUGUAAUGCGACCGGCCAAUGCGAGUGCCUGCCCGGCGUCGUCGGAGAGAAGUGCGACAGAUGUCCAGAAAGAUGGGUUCUAAUACCAAACGAAGGAUGUUUGGAAUGCGACUCUUGCACGGACGCGCUGUUGUACACAAUCGAAGACAUGAGCGAACUCCUGGCCAACGAAACCACAGACUUCAAGGACAAGGCAGAUUCGUUCUUCACAACCCAAAGAUUGAACUACAUCGCGAACCAGACACAGACUCUUCGGCCAAGAGUAGGAGAACUGAGGAAUGUGGAUGUCGCUGAAGUCACAACCGCCGUCAAGACACUUGAAAACAGCGCCAAGAACCUUCUGCGAUCGGCGGAAUUCGCAGCCACAGACUCAGACAAGCAGAUAACGAGAGCAGCGGAUCUAGCGGCUGAUGCAGAUAAGAUGUUGGCGUCAGUUCGAGACAGCAGCGAGAAAGCAAAGGCCCAGGUGAAGCAUGUGUCGGACCUGGCCACAGGCCUUGAACUGAGCCAGCAACCCAAGGUCGACAGCGCCCUGGCCGAGGCAAGGCAGAUCAGAGAGGAUAUUAAUGCCAAAGACUUAACGCCAAAGAAACAGCAAGCAGAAAGUGCAUUCGCGAAUGCAACGAUGCAGGUCGAACGUAUGAACUUCUUCGUCCUGCCCGUUAAUGAACAAGCACAGAAAUUCCACGUCCUUGUGAACGACACUCGUGAUCUGAAAUCUAAGUUGGAUGAGAUGCUGCAGUACACAGACUUGGCUCAGCACACUGCUGAUACUGCGGAGAAACUAAACGCUAAGAACAGACAAUCUAAAUUCGGUAACAAAGUGACAUCUGUGACGAAACUGAAUACCGCAGCAAUGAAAGACUUGAUUGACGCUGGUUACGACAUUGGCAAUGGAACAUUCCACAACUUAGUGGCCGGCACCAUAGUGCAGAACUCUACUAGGGCGUUAGAAAACAUUGGAACCACCAACCAAAACAUGGUGGACCGUCUCGUCGACCUUGAGAAGGACCUGCCCGAUCUUAGGAACCUCACUCAAGUUGCUAGACAACACACCGAUAUGCUGAGAUUCAGGGCGGACAAUCUUCGAGCAUUAGCUGAACGUGAAAACAACAAUUCUAGAACUCAACACGCUUACACUGCGGCUUCCGCGUACUCGUCCAUCGUACAGGAGAUCGGAGACGCUAAGAAAGCUGCCGAUGAAGCCGAGGAAGGGGUCAAAAAUAUAACUCAAGUGACUAACGUCCUCAACGAAAGAGUGAUCCCAGCUCUCAACAGAUCUACAAUUCUUCUAAAAGAUGCAACAAAGGCUCAGAAUUAUGUCGAACAGGCUUUGAGUCCAAACUUGACAAAGGCAGAAGAAAAACUAGCACAUGCAUUUAAGACCAUGGGAUCCGCUGACGAUGACAAUAACGCCAUACAAUUCUCACUACGCACGCCCCCACCAUUCUCUCUAGCUGAUGAGGUCGCAAAGGCUGAUCAGGUGAACAGCACGGUAAAGUCGACCCUGGACAUCAUGUCUCAGGUCGGUGCUCAGCUCGCAGCCAGCAAGGAAUUUGCGCAGUCUCUGCCUAAGCUUGCUGAUGAAGCCCAGAAAAUGGCUGCCAACGUUGACAAUUUAGUGAAGGACAUCGACAAGCUGAACCCUGAGAUCACGCAAACGUACCAGACAGUAAAGGUCAGGCAGGAUGACCUUGAGGACAGACGUAAGGAAGCCGAUGAGAAACUACGUAAAUUGAAGGAGCUCAUUGAACAGGCACGUACAGUAGCGAAUCGUAUCCAAGUGGGAGUGACGUUCGACCGACGCACGACACUGCAGCCCCCUCUGCCGGACACCAUCGACGAGAUGUCAACCUCCACACACGUCUCAGUCUACUUCAAGACCAAGGAGAAAGACGGCCUCAUCCUGUACCUUGGAAACCCUAAGGACACCAUGCUGAGAAGAACUAAAUCUGAUGACUUCAUGGUAGUGGGUGUAGAGAAUGGCUAUCCUUACCUGAAGAUGGAUAUCGGUGACAGUGCUGAGUCAGGUCGCGAACCCGCCAGGAUUGGCAGCGACAAGUUCGUCGCAGACAAUCGAUGGUACCAGGUUAUCGUCGACAGGGUCGGGCGUAAUGUGAAGCUUUCAAUCCGUGAGAGUCUUGACAAUGGAUCCGCUGACUACAUACAUUCCAAGGAUGCAGUGUUACCUGGCCAGCACACCAUCUUCAACCUUGAUCGGCAGAAAUCUAAGUUGUAUGUGGGAGGAGCUCCAUCAGACGCCAAGCUACAAUCAGUCAGCUUCCCAGCCUUUGAGGGUCAAAUCGAGGAGCUCAUGAUUGGAGACACUCCUGUCGGUUUAUGGAACUUCGAAAGAGCCGAAAACUUGAAGGGUGCUAGACAAAGGGACAAGUUGCUGCCUCCACACACGGGUCCACAAGAGUAUAGGUUUAAUGGGCGCGCUCACGUUACUAUGCCAGGCCGCGGCUACCUCACUCCGCAGAAGAACCAGAUCCUCUUGUUCUUCAGAACAUACGCUCCUGAUGGUCUCAUUUACCUUGUCGGAGAAGGCGCCUACUUCUUCUCUGUUCAAAUGCAAGAUGGAAGAGUAUUCUUACAGGUAUCGUUGGGCAAUCCCGAAGACCUCCUGAUAAUAGGUACAACGAACUCCUACAACGAUGGCAAAUGGCACAGAUUGGAUGCUGCUCGCAUCCUUACAAAGUAUUCCCUUAAGGUGGACAGGGAGAUUAUAAAGAUGGAUUCCGCUGGCACAGAAGACUCGAUAACAGCUCUUGACACCAUGAACUUCGGAGGAGACAAUAAGGGCAUCAUACAAGUAACAAGUGCUGGAUUUGACGGCUGCAUGAGACAGAUCAGUAUUGAUGGUGUGAACAUCGACCUUAGCGAUAAUUUGGAGUCCAUUGGCAUAGCUUACGGUUGCCAGUUCGCAUCGUUGGUGUCUCUAUCGGGUAAGGACAGUUUCCUCCGAUACAUGGACAUCACGUCAGAUAACCUGCAGCUAACGCUUAAGUUCAAGACAUCCAGUCCUGACGGAUUGUUAUUCGUCUACGUCAGUCGUACGCAGACCACCGCCAUGCCAGACAGCAUAUCACUGUCACUCAUUAAAGGUAAACUGGUGCUGAUGAGUCAACGCGAGCAAUUGGAUACUGGGCUAAGCACGUACAACGACUCGCAGUGGCACGUCGUCACUGUCACACACAACAACAACGCGCUGCGCCUUGUCGUCGACGACUACGACUACUUCAGUACGGACUCAGCGCCAGCGCCGCUUCAUAUACUGGAAGGGGUGCUGUUCGUGGGCGGCGUGCAGCCGGGCUACGUGGUGGGCGGGAAGGUCGGCUCCAAGACUCCGUUCACUGGCUGCAUCGCCGACGCCACCAUCAACGGGCGCGUACUCAACCUGCUCGAACCAUUCAGCAACAGCAGCACCACGUUCGGCCGCUGCGGCACCACCACUACUACUGGAGGACUCAGCCCUGAUCAAGCACAAUGGGCGGCGACUCCACGACCUGACGUGUUGCCCACGCCAGGGUUACCAGGCCCUAGUGAAGCACCACCCAACAGAGAAGAAGCAGUAUUACAUAACGAGGUGCUCCCAGUGCCGGUGGCCGAGGACACUACCCCGGCCCCGCAGACCAGCACCACCAGCACUACCACAACCACCACCACUACCACCACCCGCCGGCCGCCACCCAAGCCGGAGCAGGGCUGCGCACUCGCGUACGAUCACUUCUACACCACAGGUGACCCAGAUGUGGGAUACAGAUUCGGUACUCGCAACGACAGUCGCAUCGAGUACUCGAAGCUGCCUGGCCGUCACCUGCAAGGCUUUGACCUGACGAUCUCGUUUAGAACAUUCGACCAGCAUGGCGGGCUCGUAUUCUACGCCGCCGCUGACAGAGACCCCACACAGUUCCUAGCCUUCUAUAUGAAGGACGCCAGGUUACACUUCGCCUUCAACUGCGGCGGUGAGACUGCACACAUCUCGUCCACGCAGACAUACAAUGACACAGAGUGGCACGUUGUCACUCUGACCCGCAGCGGUGGACACGGCAAGCUGGCCGUGGACUCCGAGUUAGUGGGCGAGACCAGCGCCAUCUGCGGUGCGCCUGCGACACUCGCUGCGCCCUUCUACUAUGGUGGGCUCAGGGACCUCAACCAGAACAUCCUCAAUAAUCUCCAGGGCUUCUACCAGCCAUUUAAGGGUUGCCUUAAGGGUCUAAUGAUGAACGGGCAACACGUGACCGACGUGUCGUACCGAGUCAACUCUCUGCGGUGCUCCGACAACGUGGAAGAUGGCGUAUACUUCGGAGCGUCCACCAACAUGCAGAGCAACUACUUGAAGCUCCUUGAAUACUUCAAAGUAGGUGAUGAAGUGUCGAUAUCGAUGGAGAUUCGUCCACGCAACAGCACGGGUCUGUUGCUCAGCGUGCACGGCAAGAAAGACUAUCUAGUUCUCGAACUUUUGGAGAACGAAGUAGUAGCCAAUGUUGAGAAUGGUAACGGACCAUUCCGAGCAAGCUACUCACUCGGCAACAAGUUUGCGCUCUGUGAUGGCAACUGGCAUAAGAUUCACGUGGUGAAAUCGCUGUAUGUAGUAUCGGUCGGUGUGGACGGUCACUUCUCCAAGCCAGGAAUGGGCGCUUACUCCUCGACUGACACCCGAUCCGCUCUGUACAUCGGAGGCCACGAGCGCCCUCUGCACAAGCUGCGUGGAGUCCGAUCGCGACGCGGCUUCACAGGGUGCAUCAGAAAGAUCGUUAUUGGAGAAACACCUCUCAAAAUUCCACUUACAGCUGCAGGAAGAAACACACAUGUCGGCGUUUGCCCUGUUGACUGAUCAAGAAGUUGAUAAGCAGAUAUUUUGAAAACGUUAUGAAGAGAAACCAAAAAAUACGAAAAUAAAAACAUAUGUAUCGUUCCCGUUUUAAUUCACUUAGUAUUUUAUUGCCAACAUUGAUGUGUUAUAUGUAAUAGUUGUAUUUGAUAAAUAGCUUAAUUGGAAUGAAAGUA